AAUAAAAUGGGUUCUUCAAAUUCCAUAUUAGUCAGUAAAGAUCAUCUAGAAGAAAGAUUUUUCUGAAAUGUCAAAAUAGACGAUAGUCAUGGUCCAGAUUACUCCUUGAUCCAGUUGCAUGAGAGCAUACUCUUUGUCAACCAGAAAGAGGUUGAGAUGAAGAAGAAGUUAGAAGACAAUGUCAAAGUCAAAGACUAUUUAGCCAUAAAACAUGAUGCUAUAUUCUGCCUUAAGCCUGCCGACGAAAUGCCUCACACCUUGGUGAUUGGCUACACAGAUGAGAAGAAGGUUCUAAAGAAACAGUUAUUUUUCAAUGAGAAGAGUGAUUAUGACAGGUUUUUAGCCCAUUAUUCUAAAGUGUGACGAUCCAGGGUGCCCUGUGAUUCCAGAAGCAUUGCCAUAUUAGUCAACCCUAUUAGUGGCAAGGGUAAAUCUAUUGAGUACUUUGAGAAAUAUCUCAGGCCCAUGCUUGAGAUGUGAGGUAUUCAGUACACCUGCAGGUGCACUUCAAGCGAAACUUAUAUUGAUGAAUGGGUUUCAGCGCUUGAUCUUUUAGAAACACCUUAUACGGACUUCGUUAUGAUUGGUGGAGAUGGAAUCCUGAGCCAGUUCAUGAACGCGGUAAUCAAGCGGGAAGACCAUAUGGACAUCUUCAAAAUUCCGAUCGGGAUCAUCCCCGGAGGUUCUACCAACGCGACAGCUUGAGAUCUUUCUGGAAAGAAUCCGAUAAUGGCAUGUGUCAAUAUCGUCCGAGGGUACACCAUCGAGGCAGAUAUGUUGAAAUGCACCUUAAAGAACCAGAAGAAGACCAUGCUCACUGCAACCGUUACUUGGGGAAGUUUUGCAAACAUCGUGCAUAACGCAGAGAGAUGGAGAAAAUGCUUUGGUAGUUGAAGGUACAACGUCUGAGGUUUCAGAGAAAUUUUCUUAAAAUGAAAAUUCAAAUCCUACAAUGCUGAUGUGAUGUUUAAAUCUAAGAAAACCGAUGAAAUUUCAACCCAGGUUGGGGAAAAUUCUUCUCUUGAGGAGAAAGAAUCGGACCAACCAUUCGUGGCUCUUAAAAAUAAUAAGUUUACCUUUUUCAGCAUCGUAUCGCACGAGUGAAGGUCGUCGAACGAUGAGUCCAUCUUGGCUCCUUUUGCAAGGUACUCAGAUAAGAAAUUAAAUUUUAUUUCAGUAGCUGCAAAUAAUAGAUUUGAGCUUGUAAAGGUAAUGACAAAGAUGAUCAAAGGAAAACAUUGAAAUCAGAAAGCUGUUCAGACUAAGAAAGCUAUGGAAUGAAUAAUAAAACCUUCUUCUGACUCUUACUUCAACAUUGACGGUGAAAUAUACCCCAAUGAUGAAGCCCAUGUGAAGAUUCUUCCCAAAUUUCUCAACUUGAUGGGUAAGCUUCAUGAAAGGGAUGGGUAUCAGAGAACCUUGACUGAAAAAAUUGAGAAUGAGACUACUCGUGAAAUAAUCUAA